CGAACAUAUUUGAUUUUCUUUUCUUAAAUCUUUUGAGGUAGAAUAAAUAAAAAUCAGGAAAAGAACUAAUUUUCAUCUUUAAGCGGAAGUGUCGGGUCAUCACUACCACUGACACUGAGUUCAACUAUGGAGUCAGCAUUGAAAUCAUGACGGAACGAAAAUAUAUACAAUGAUGAAUAUAUGUGUAGAGAUAGACAAUCAAGGUUAAUUUUUGACAGCAUUUAAAGUGGACUGAGUAUAUAACUAACUCAUCCACAUCUUCUUAAGCUCACGGAAAAUAACUUAUAUCAUCGGAUAGCCAGAAGGUAAACCUAGUUUUUGCUAGAAAAAGCACUCGCCGGCGGUGUGACCUACCCUACGUUAAAUGUUUACAAAAGAAUAAGGAAGGAGCGCAUCAUGGGCACGCCCACUUAAUCAUUAACUAAGAAAGCAAUCGAAGUGAUUCAUUAGUAGCCCGUGUACACAUGGGUUUUGAAAUUAUAAAGUUUUUGUCUUAUGAAAUUUAUGUGAAGACAAACUUUUGGAGUGACGAAUUGUUAAUAAUAAUAAUAAGCCCAACUUAUUAUUAGUACAAAUGAAAUGUAAAUGGUAUUAAAUUUAUUAAAAUAGUAUUACUAUUACUUCGUCCUUUUUAGUCUAGUCUAGCAGGCUUGAAUUUAAAUUUUAAAUAAAGAAUAAAGUAGUUACAGUUAGCUAGUAGACUGCACUGAUAUCAAGUAUGUACAUACUUACAUUCCACUUACUUGAAUAAAUGUAUUAUUAAGUAGUACAAGUAGUCUUCUAAUUUAAACUUUUAUAAAGUUUGUGCUUUAUUUUUAUUUACUUUUAUGGGCCUCUGCCAUACUUAAUACUAAUACUACUACUACUACUAGCCUUCCAAAUUACUGAAAUGUAGCUUUAAGUCUAUCUCUGAUCUCACUAGGGGUGUGCCGGAGUCCGGUCCGGAAUCCGGUUCCGCCGGAUUUUGCACUAUCCGGUGAAAUCCGGUUCCGCCGGAUUUACAUGUAUCCGGAACAACCGGAUUCCGGAAUAUACCGGAUUUCGGAAUUUGCCAGAUUUUGUGACUCACCGGAUCAUAAUCUGAAAUAAAAGUAAUUCUCUUUCCCGAAUUCCACACGAUCACGAUACAUUAAUCGAUUGUUUCGAGCGUUGAGCUUGUUUAAUGUUUAAUAUUCCGUACAUACCAGAGGCUAGAGUCAGCAUCGCUAAUAGUGGCCAAUAGUGUAGGGACUUUGAUAAGAAAAUUUAAACUUUUUGUAAAAAUAAACCAAUGGCAUAGUUGAAAAGAUGUAAUUUUUUAAAGAAUUAUAACACCAAAAUCAUAUUUUUAGCUGUUGUAGUUUUAAAGUUAUGAAUUUUUAAAGUACGACUUGGUUUGUCAUUUUUUAACAUGGACUGCAUCUCCACAUUCUGUGAUCUCAUUCCACCAAUCCCGUCAUGCGCAAUGACUAUAUAGUUUAUAUAAGGCAACGCAUUCCCUGCCUUAUCACUAAAAUACUGUUUAGACUUAGUUUAAACUUUCAACUUUGGCACAUGAAUAAUUAAUUAAAGCUUUCCCUGACCAAUGGUUUAAUAGUUUUUGCACACGGCAAACUCUUAUGAAUGAAACUCUGAGGUAGUACUACGAUACAGUUAUGCAAGUGGCUGUGAAUGGUUGCCAAUGACAACGUGUUGCACACGGUAAAUUCUGAUCAUUUAUAAUAUGGAUUCUACCGGGUUGUUAAAGCUCAAAUUAAAACAUUCCAGUUUAAAUGUCUUUAAAUGCAUUCUGAAACACAAGUUAUCAAUUAUUUUGAUGUAAAUAGUGAUAAUAAAUUAAUAUUUCCUAAGUAUCGUCAACUUCCGCCAUUAAAAAGGGGGGCGUGGCCAACCCCAUGGCGAAAUUAGGUUGAGCGAGCUGCAUGACCUGCUGCGAACGCGUAGAAACAUGGCGUCUCUCGUAAGACACAUAUCCAAAUGGAACGGAACUCAAAUAUAUAUCGAAAGUACUAAUUUAAUAAUAAAUAGACACACACAUCGGAAAAUUAAAAACUCGGAUUUUUUGGCGCCGAUUGCGAAUUCCCAUACACAAAAAGUAGUAGUCCACCUUGACUUACCGAAGUAUCUACCAAUAGUACCAAAAUCCGGGAGAAACCGGAAUCCGAAUCCGGAUCCGGCGGAUUUCGCAUAAGAAAAUCCGGAUCCGGUUGGAAAAAACGGAUCCGGCACACCCCUAGAUCUCACUAUCAUUUGCAAAUGAUUGAGGCAUACGUCAUACUCAUACAUGCCUACCUGUAAAAAAAAACUCCUCUCAAAAACUACAACAUGAAAAACUGUACUGAAAAAAAAAGGAAAAUUAUAUAGACGUUUAAUUUAUAACUUUAUCAUCAUUUAAUCAAUGUUUUGAAUUCAUGCAUGAAUAAUAUCCCUUUUGCUGCCCUAUUUUUUUUUAUAUAGUUAAUUUUAAGUCUGAUUUUGAUCAGAUCUUGCAUUUUUUACACUGGUCAGAAGUAAUUUUGUUAUAAAUUGACUUAAAUGAUGAAUUUGAUAGCAAUUUAGAUGUAAUAAGACAUAUUUUUCAGUUAAUUAUUUUAGCUGUUGAAAUAGAGGUUCCUGUUUUAAAUUAAUGAAAGGAAAUACAUUUUGUCUAUCUAGACCAGGGGUCGGGAAACUAUGGUUCGCGAGCCAGAUGUGGCUCUAUUGAUGGCUUCAUCUGGCUCGCAGACAAAUGUUCGAUUAUAAAAAAAAAAGUUGCAUUAAUGGUAAGAACUACUCAUUAUUGAUUAGCAACAGCAUAACAAUGUUAUUAAAAAGAAUUCAGAGACAUAAUUAUUGCAUUUUUAGUGUUGAAAUUACACAAAAUGCACAAAGUACUUGAAUUUUUAGUUUUAAACAUAAUGUAUGGCUCUCACAAGAUUACUUUUCAAAAUAUGUGGUGUCCAUGCCUCUUUCAGACAUAAAGCUUCCCGGCCCCUGAUCUUGACACAGUAAUAUGGAGAGUUUUCUUAGUUUUACUUUAGGCACAAUGUGGAUCUAAGGUGUUAAUUGGAAGUUAUAAUAGGAAUUAAACAAACUGAUUUGUAAUUAUGGUUUACUACUCAAAGCAGUUACUACUGAAAUUUAGAAUUUACAAAUCUCAGACUUUCACAUGAAGGUCAUUUUGAAGAGACCAAUAGCAUUUCAGUUUCUGUUGACCAAUUUAUUCCACUGUCAGUUAAGAUUUCAAUCUUGUGUCACCACUGUCAUGCAAAAAUAUUUCUGUUCUAAAUCCAUUGAAAAGCUGUACAGAAUACAGUACAGUUGUACCAAUUGAAAAACAUUUAAAACCAGUAAAAAGUCCUGGUAAAAAGUUCAGGUUGGCUAGUAUAAUUUAUGGGACUAUACAAAUUUAGAGAUCUUAGUAGAUACUAGAUGAGUAGGCUACUACACAUGGACUUGCAUGUCAUAACAGUCAGCUUUUGUGAUAUUUGGCCGCCAUACAUACUAAAAAUCAUAUUUGUAAUUUAAACAAUAUUUUUUAAUGACACUUAACCAGAAAUUCAAAUCAAUGUGUAUCUCAUAAAAACAUGAAAAAAUAUGAAGAACUCCCAAUAGCCAUAUUAUUUAUACCAAUUUUUAGCAAAAACAAUUUCAUAAUGUAUAAUAAUUUUUUGGACAUCCUUUGAGUUCAGCAUGUGGGACUGAAACACAUACUUGGCAUGACCUGGCAUUAAUAAUAUGGCAUGAACCUGUUUCAUUUAUAUGUUUGCUCAUGAGCUUGAUUAACAAUCUUAUGUCUAUCUUAUGACAAAAUUAAUUGCACACUGAGCUACUGAAUUUAUUUAAAUUUUUAAAAUUCUAUUUAUUUUAAAUUUAUUUUUUAAAAGUUUAUUAUAACUGUUUGCUAAAAAUGAAUUUUAUUUAUCAGAUAAGUCACAAAAGUUGUUAAAAUUACCAAACAGUGCAAAGCUUAAUAAUGUCUAGUGUAAAAUAUUUUUUAAGUUAAUUAUCUCAUAUUCAUUCUCAAAAUAAGAUUUCUUUGAAAUUUAUCAUUAAACCUAGUUACUAUACAUAACUUAAAAGCUGGAGUGGGUCACACAAUGUGCAAAAUAGUAAAACUAGAAAAUUGAUUUAAGUUAGCUUUAUGCAGUUGAGAAAUUUUUUUAUAUGUUUUUUUUACUUGCCGCUUAAAAAGUGAGCUUGGUUAACAAGACUCAAUGUUUUUUUUACGUCUCUUAAGUUUUUUGAAGAAUUUUGAAGAGUCUAUGUGCAAUUUCAAAUUAUGAUACAACAAAAAUAUUGGUUAGCAAAUUUCAGAUUUUAUAUGUAAGUCUAGUCUCAUCUUUGUUACUAAUUUCCGAAAUUAAAAUUCAUUGCACAAAACGUUUCCGCAUCAUGUUCUGUAUUUUUUUAUAUAAAAUGUAUAAAACAAUUCUACAUAAUCUAGUUAUAAUCAACAGUUAAUUUAUUGAAAACUAGCUGGUUAUACAUUAUUCUAUUUAAUAUAUGUGUUUUCUAUAAAUAAUUUUACAGCUUAGAUCUACCCAUUAAACUUGUGAUUGAUCUUUUACUCCUCGAAAAAAUAAUUCAUCAAAUAAAUGACAUGUAUGACAGAAACUUAAGGAACAUUAAUUUUAUAAAUUUGUGAAUGUUUUAUAAUUUUGGGUGUCACCGUCUUUUCCCACACCCACAUUCUUUGCUCCUAUUUCUUGAUUAUUCCUAUUUUUGUUUAUACAUAUGGAGUUUUGUGUGGAUUUAAAUGUGCAUUGAAACAAAUGUUGCCAUGUAUGGUGUCAAGACAGGAAAUUCUAGUUUAAAAUUAUGUUUAGUUUUCACUCUGAGAAAACCCAAUUUUUAAGUGCUUUCAAGUAUCAUGAAUCAUCAUUUGACCGAAGGCUUCACUGUAUGUAAUUCACAUCAAUGCACUGUAAGGAACUAAUAAUAAAUAUAUCAAAAGACAAAUUCUUUAUUUGGGCAUCAUCUAAAUAUGGGUACAUUUUUAAGAAUUUAAAAACAUUAAUUUUUUGGUUUUUAAAAUAAUAGGUAUACUUGUACACAAAAACCAUUUCAAUUUUAUUAUGAAAUGAUGUCCAUUCCUUUUUUAAAAAUAUAUUUAUUUCAAUGCCAUGUUAUUCAAAAAGAUUGACAUAAUAGUGUUCUUUAAAUAUGUAAUUUCUCUCCCCCCUCCCCCUCCUUUUUUUUUCUUCGCAAGAAUUACUUCCUGAAGAUUUCUUUAUACAAAACGAUUCAUCUUCAUUCAUAUGUAUAUAAAUAUUAUUUUAUAUAAUUUAUCCAGCGUUAUCUUAAUCAGCAGGUAUCCAAGUCAGUAUGGGGAAGCUGUUAUCUAAAAUAUUUGGUAACAAGGAGAUGAGAAUUCUCAUGCUUGGUUUGGAUGCAGCAGGAAAAACAAGUAUCCUUUAUAUAAAAUAUGAAUUGGUUUGGUAUGUAACUUAUUUUUUAUAACGGUUUUAAUACCUUCCCAACAACUAAGUAGCCAUAGUCUGAGCCUUAGUUUUGCAUUUUUUGACAGUGUACAUUCAUUGUUUUGAACAUAAAAGCCAAUAUUUUGACUCACGAUGUUAAAAAAUAUUUGGACUUCCAAUCAGUUUUGAAAACAAUAGACAGCUGUUGAUUUUUACAUUACAAUAAUAAAAUUAUGUUUUAUUACUUUAAAGUGGAAUUUUUAAAAAUUCCAGAAUUUUUUUUUCAUUUUAAAUUGCAAUUUAAUCUGUGUUCAUUUAUUAGAAGUUGUUGCGCUUGUUUCCUGGUUUGUCCUUCACAUGCGAUGAUAACCAUCGCUAUAUUCAACAGUGAGUACACAGGUGGUCUACCAGUUCUAUUUGUGCCUAAGCUUUCCCACACGUAGGACACACAUCUUGGGUUCUAGCUGGAUUUGAGUCGAUUCUGCAUUUUUUUUUAUAAUGGAAGAACUAUUUUUUUUUAAAAUUUACACUCCCAGGCUCAUAAACUUAAGUAAUUCUAUUGGUUCCAUGACACUUCAUCGAUGGACACUUCACAAACGCAUUUCAUCAACAAAAAGUGCAUGGCAGUGACAUGGACACUGUGAUAGCCAGUUCAUCAACACAGUUUUCAUCGACAUAUAUAAUUGCAUAGGAGCCAAAAUGAUCAAUAAAUUGAUCGUGGGCCCUUAAGAUAUAGAAGAAGAAGAAGAAGAAUUGUGCUGGAAACUCUUUAAAUGACCAUAUUUGAUCCAGGGUGCCACUGUGAUUUCACAUAGACAGACCUGUUUACUCUUGCGAUUUUGGCCUACAGUGUACGAUGUUGAGGUGUAUACAUUAUUUAUACUGUAUGUUUAUUUUUUACUAUUAAGAUAAUGCAUUGAACGAUUUUGUUAUGAUAUUGAACAAUUUUAAGAGUUUGAGGGUAAACAAAUAUGCAUAGAUAAAUCUCUCAGGGAUAUUUUUAAUUAGUAGUUGCAGAAGUGUAAAUGAAAAAAAUCUUAUUAUAUAUUAUAACAAAUCAUUUUUUAAAAAAGGAAAAAUAUGUUGAUUUCUUUGUUGCCCUUAAGAAUCCACUUGGACCAAACAGAUUGAAACAUUGAUGGGUUUUGAACUUAUAAUGCAUACUUCCUUCAUGGCUGGGGAAACAGUGUACACUUCACUUUUUAAAACUAUAAAUCCCAUUAACAUACAAAUUUAUGUGUACGUGAAUUGAAGGAUCUAGGCAGGAGAAUGAAGGGCAUACCCUUCAUUAUCCAGAGUGAAACAAUGCAGAGUUAUAACUGAUGAUUUCCAAUCCAUUGAGACCGGGACACAUCUUAUGGAGAACAAUUUCUUUCUUUCGGUGGUGGAAAUCAAGAGCUAAUUCUAAGGAAAGAACUUUUUUGCUGUAGGCUCAUCAUUGGUUUAGUUGUGGUACUGUCAACAAUGGUUAUUUGUUCAGCGCAAUUGUAUGUCAGUAAACUUGCUGUCCCUGUCAUGGAAAUAUUUUGUCAAUGAUGGGUAUUUGUCUUUGAAAUUUAAGAAUGAAUGUACACUCAAAACAAACCAGUGGCAAGAUAGGUCACUUUUAUAUAAAACCCAACGCUUAAAAUAUUGUUUGUUGCAGUACAAAAAUAAUUUUUUGUCAAGUUUAUUUGAAUAUGGAGUUGCAGGUGUCGUCACCCAUUUUUUUAACAAAAAGUUUACAGUUUUCGUUUCUGAUUUAUUUCUUGUGAUGAUAGCUUAAACUUUAUAUAAAUGUUGAUUACUGAUAAGGUUAAGGACACGUUUCUUUAUUUUUUUUAUGCUCUAAAAUUGUAAUCUAAACAUUUAGUAAAUCUCUUUACAAUCCUUAACUUGUAAAAGCAUUAUUGUACAAAAUGAAACUUGGUCAAUCAGUCACAACGAUUCCAACUGUGGGCUUUAAUGUAGAAACAGUAACUUAUAAAAGUGUCAAAUUCAAUGUUUGGGUAAGUGUUUGAAAUUCCAGUUUUGCAAAAUGUUGUUCCAUUUCACUUUGAAAUAUUAGAUUUGGCCACAGAUUGUGCUAACCUACACUGCUGGAGUCUUUCUUUGCGUAAAGCAUUUUAAGAAAUUGUAAACUAUUUUCUACAUCUUAGUGAGCUUUAACUUGCGUUCGGUAGAAAUUUUUAUAAGAAAAAAAUCUGCAUGAUAAAUUUUUAAUGUGAAGCUACAUGAUAAAUUUUUAAUGUGACACAUUUGUUUUUAAAAAUAUAUAUGUUUUAUGUUGCUGUUCUUUGGUUUAAUGAGCCACAGUUCAACUUGUAUCUUCUAAGGCUUGCUGCCGUUUAAAAAAAAAAAUAUUUCUUUUACUAUUACAAAUAUAUUUUGUCAUUCAUUUGUUUUUAAUAUCUAUCCAAUGUCUGUUACUUUGUAAGUAAGGCUUCAUCCUGCUUGUUAAUAAUUUUUGCUUUUUUUAAUAAAAUGCAAAGCUUUAUCCAGCCCAAAACUCUACCUCAUACUUAUUUUAGGAUGUUGGAGGCCAAGACAAAAUUCGACCGCUGUGGAGGCAUUAUUUCACUGGUACUCAGGGACUUAUAUUCGUGGUUGACUGUGCUGAUAGGGACCGCAUUGAUGAGGCACGGCAAGAGCUGCAUCGUAUUAUAAAUGAUAGAGAAAUGAGAGACGCUAUUAUACUUGUGUUUGCUAACAAACAGGACCUUCCAGAUGGUAAAUUAACAUAGGGUUUUUAUUUUAAUUCCUUACACCACAGAAUGAAAUUUCUGAUAUAAUUAUUAGUUUUUGAAUUUUAUAGUGAGCAGAGGCACACAAUAUAAGAAUUAUUUUAAUGAGCUUUUUUAAACCUGUUGCAAAAUCUAAUUUUAACUGCUGAUUAAUCAGUUAUUUAUUGGUAUUUAUUGAUUUUCUAGACAAUAACAACACAAAUUGCCUCAUUGACUUUCACAUGCUCAGUGAACUGGGGUUAAGGUUUUGCAUUAUUUAAUGUAAAUAAAUUUACUAUUAAUUCCUAAAUGGUUUUAAACAAAGAUUUGUUAUGUCACCAUUUGAAAAUUUUGAUAUAUGUACCCUUUGUUAUUUAUGUAAUAUUUUUGUUGGUGACCCCACACGUUGGAGAUGUACUCAUUGUUUUACUUAUGUAAUAUUUUUUUUUUGUAUUUUAACUAUUCCAUUUUAUCUCUCAGCCAUGAAGCCACAUGAAGUACAGGAAAAAUUGGGUUUGACUCGGAUACGUGACCGCAACUGGUAUGUUCAGCCUUCUUGUGCCACAACCGGGGAUGGUCUUUUUGAGGGUUUGACAUGGCUCACUUCCAAUCACAAAUCAUGAAGCCGGAGCUCUUAGUUUUAUACAUAGGUACAUAUUAUAAAUUAUACAUAAUCUUAUGUGUAGUAUUUCACAUUGUUUGUCUUAUGUUGAAUGCUGCAGCCCUUAUGAAUCGACUGUUACACUGCUUCCUAACUCCCAGUCCAUUACCCAUGUUGCUGACCACAAUUCAAGUCAAAUUUACUCAAAAUAUUAAUGUUAAUAUGAGUUCUCAACAAUUUUCACUACAGUUUUGGGAUCUCUGGACUGAGAGAUAAGAAUCUUUACAUUAUAUUUGAAGGAGAGAUUUUUAAAAAUUAUUUUCUCAGUCUUGAAUUGCUUGUAAUUUUAUUUCCAUACAUACUUUUCACAGAUUAGCACCUGCUUACAACUUAAGAAAUUCAUUUAAUAAGAAAAUAUAAUGCACAAAAACUGUAUUUUUGUUUUUAUUUUCUAAACAAUUUCUGUUUUUAAAAUGAUAUUUAUUUUUCAACUAUCAAUAUUCUGACAUUACUAGUUAUCAGCAAACAUUCACAGCUGUAUAAUGGCUUACAAGGAAAGUUUCUUAUCUGCUUUAGCGACAUUAACUUGUCAGAGAGGUAUCCUGUGCUCCUGUAUUCAUAAACGCAAAUUUGUAUACAUUUUUUUCUCAUGAUGAAAGACAAAUAUACUAUUAGCUACUUUCCAUUAAAAUUGUUAUCUGCCUGUCCCAGUUAUUGUGGGGUAGUCAUAUUCAAUUUCUAAAAAACUCUGUUAUAAUGAAGCAGCUCCAUCGAGUUGUCGGCAGACACUCCGUCACAGUGUAACAUAGAGGGAGUUACGUUAAAUAUUUGCUUUCUUUAGUUUAAUUCUCCCCACCCCUGCAGUUAUUACCACCACAGCCAAUAUUCUCAUAAAUGCACUAUCAGGGCUGAGAUGCAUCUCAAGCCCAAGAUACAGUAUGCUUUUUUUGAAACCCAGAUUUAAUGGGCACAUGAUUUAAUCAUCAAUGUUUUGUUUUUAUGACUGACAUGUGCUAAGGGUGAAGAUGUCAUUGUUGUGUCAGCUGAUGAUUACCAAUGUGUUUUAUUUUCAUCAAGUAUUAAACCAAAUUAUAUUUUAUAAUCAGAAAACUGCAAGAAAAUGUAUUAUAAAAAAAUUGACUCUCCAUCAGAGAAAAUAGCCGUCUGCCAUUCUUAGGCAAAACCUUAUGAGCGACAGGGAAUCUGUCUUAAAUAUGAUUGAGUAAAGAUCAUCUAGGUGACGUUUUUGAAUUUUUUCAUAUAUAUGUGGCGGUUGAAAGCCUUGCAACAUGAAAGGGAACACUGUAACAGGAGUAAGCUAAUCAAUUAUGUUGUAUAUUUUAUUUUGAUUCUUCUGCUGCUAUGAUUUGCUUUAAGCGUUUAUAGGCUUUUUGUAGGCUUAUGUGCCUUAAUGAACUGAAAAAGCCUGUUACUUUUCCCAUUAACAAAUUUUGUUUCUCCCUCACAUCAACACAUUUUGCUUUUGAGAACUUUUUGCUUUUGUGGAUUCUUGAGUCAUUACUAUUGGCAUAAUUAAUCAUAGAUCUUUUUGUGCCCGAAUUGCAAGAGAAAAAGGUAAGAGGUGAUGAAGUUUUUUUUCUUUACUUAAAAGGUUGGCAGAUUUAAUCUAGACAUUUGGCUCUCCAAAUAUUUGCUCAACUUGUAGUAUAGGGUUUAAGGCUAGUGUGCCUUAAUUUACGUUAUCGUGUUUUGUGAUGGUGUUAGUUCACUGACAGCAAGCACAUUUGUCAACUUCAUCCUCUUUCUAAAGUCAACAUAGUAAAGUAAUCAAUUUUAACCUAUAGCUACAUAUUUCUGGUGCUUGAGAGAUCAAACAUUUGCCAUGUUUUUGUUUUGUUUUUUUGUUAAGUUUUCCAUUUUUAAUAACAGUUGCAUUAUUUCUUCCAGUGUAAUGCAUAUUUAUUUUUGUCUAUAGAUAACAUUUUUAAGAAAGAUGAGAACUUGUAGUGGCUGGUUGUUAAGUCAUGUACAUGUGAGGUUUUUUGUAAAUAUAUUUUUGUUUUGUUUUCUGGGUGUCAAAGAAAAGCAACUCUGUUUUAGCCCAAAUAUCACUUAAACCUUGAACAUAUUUAAUGUUAUAUAGGGAUAUGGUAUUUUAUUAUAAUAAUAGUAUCCAAAAUUAAGAUAUUUUAAUCUUGACCUUUUAGACAGCUAAGAAUUUAGAAAUUUCUAAAACUCUACUUGCUUAUAUUUAAAUGUAAUGUCUUUUCAUGUUCAGAUUUGUCAUUAAAGCUACAAUUUGAUGAUUAUUACAUAAUUAAAACAAGGAUCUCCAUUUGUUUUUUGUUGUUGUUUUAAUGGGACUUAAUGUAUUUCUAGAAUUUUGACUAUAUUUGGGCUAAAACUUGUUUUCAAAGCUAAGUAUCAAACUUUAUUCCCUUUUUAUUGCAUAUCACAACUCAUUUAAAGGCAAUGUGAGCAGUCCAGGGGGGA